GACCCCGUGGGCAGAGCCGGAAAUAUCUGCUAGUAGACACGCACGAGGACCUUCCUCGUGCAGCUGCCGGUGAAGUACCGGUCUUCGGUUAAGCGGCCGGAUUGGUUUCAUUAUGAGGGACAGCCCCCUGGGCGCAAACUGACCAAUCAAAGAGCAGGAAAGCAGAGGCGGCUGGGCAGCUUCAUCCGAACAUUCCUAUGGCGACAUGAAGAAGAGGUCUCCCACACCCGAGAUGGCGUCCACGCUCCCGACAUCCGACGCCCAGGAACCAAUACUGUUUGACGAUCUGGCUGUAUAUUUUUCUCAAGAGGAAUGUGUAAAUUUGAACCCUGCCCAGAAGUCCCUUACCAGAGAGGCCACACAGGAGUGUUCUAACGAUGUGACCUUAAUGGGAGGGGAAAGCAACACUGAGAUUAAUGAGCAGUUAAGCCUAGAGUCCCUGGAACUUGAACAGCUUUCCUUAGAAAAUUACUCCAUUGCUGCACCCGAAGUCCAUUCACAAAGGUCCUCUGAGGAUGGAGUUGGAAUCCCUGAAAGGAAAAAAUCAGGCGGAACUUCCACUUACAAGAAAAAGUUAAUGAGUCUUUUAGUGACUAUUGAAAACCAUACCCCAUUAGUGGAACUGUCUCAGUGUUUAGGAGUCAGAUCACUUUCUGAAAUUCUUGAAUUUCCCUUGGAAGAAGCCAAAAAUGAGUACAAGUGUCCUGAGUGUGACCAAAGCUUCAGCGAUACUUCAUAUCUUGCUUUGCAUCAGAAAAUUCAUUCAGGAGAAAAAAAGUAUAAAUGUGAUGACUGUGGGAAGACCUUCAGUCAUAGUGCCAACCUGAGGACACACAGGAGAAUCCACACUGGUGAGAAGCCUUAUAAGUGUACCAGGUGUGGUACCACCUUCCGUCAGCAGUCACAUCUGUCCCGGCACAUGAACAGCCACAUAAAGGAGAAACCCUAUACAUGUGAUAUAUGUGGGAGAAGUUUUAUGUGGCUCCCAGGAUUAGCACAGCAUCAGAAAAGCCACGCUGCUGAAAAAGAAUAUGACUGUGCUCACCGUGAUAAAUCUCUUGCUCAGAAAACAAAUCUGGCUUUGCAUGAGAAUACACACACACCAGCAAUACCACAAUACCAGCACACUCAGUGCAUGAAGAACUUCAAACAGCCUUCAUACCCUGCCCUCCCUGAGAAGAGCCACAAGGAAGACUCUGAACAAUACAAUAUUGAUGAUGAAAACUUUUUUUCAUUCUCCAGAUUCAAGCCCUUACAGUGUCCUGAAUGUGACUUGAAAUUUCCUUGUUUCUCUGAGCUUGUUUCUCAUCAGAACAUUCACAUAAAAGAAAAACCCUAUAAAUGUGAAAUGUGUGCACAGAGUUUUGCUUUGGAUUCAGAACUUGCAUGCCACCAGAAGAGCCACAGGCAAGAGUAUCCUUUUAAAUGUUCUGUUUGUGGGAAGAGUUUUAAAGCGAAUAUGCAUCUCGUUACUCAUAAGCGAACGCACAGGAAAAAAACCCUGUAAAUAUAGGGAAAUAAGCUCUACUGUGAGACAAGAAAGAUAAGUUUCUUUGUAUGAGUAAUUAUAAGCAAGGUGCCCAAUACAGUAAGCCACAAGAUCUAUAACAGAAGACUGGUAUGAAACCCCUCACACUGUUCCAAGCAUCAACCAUGGACAGAGUUAAAUCAUAGGAAGUGUGGAAUACAACCCGGUUACAGGCUGUACAGGGAUGGCAAUGGAAACACGUUGACACAAACAGAUGCAUGCCUUGUAUAAGUGUUGCUACCUGAACACACAGUUAUUAUAUGUCAUACAAAACUACAACUUUGAUCCAAUAAAAUAUUAGACCAAACA